AUGAUUCCAGAACUCGAAUCUAUCAAGGGUGGCGGAGGAUCCAUCAAAAUUGGAACCACCGGUACAAUAAGUGCCUUAAUGUCAAGAGAAUUACACACAGUCGAAGAUGCAUCUUCAAAUUCCGCCAUUGAAGCAAGCUCAAGCAACAGCAGCAAUACAAACGAAAAGAACACCGACACCUGCCGGAAAACCAAAACCCACAAAACGAGAAAAAGUGGCCGGAAUCCUAAUAGACGAAAGGGUUCUUAUAUUGUUGAAGUGGUGGACAUAAAGUGCAGGAUGCCCGACCCCAUAACAAAUCGACUCAAGAAGCUUAAUUUCUCCAAGCUUUCAGAAACCAAUAGCUAA